GUCCUGCUGGCGAGGGACAUCACAAUCAAUCUCCCUCUCCCCUCUCGAAUCUUCCUCCACUGCAUCCACCACUAUGACUUCCUGGCUUCAGAUCCCCAAGGCGUCUCCCUUUUCGCUGGCGAACAUCCCCUUCGGAAUCAUCUCUUCUGCAAAUGCUCCAUCGCGCGUGGCUGCCAUUGCGAUCGGUGACCAUGCGCUGAACCUCAGCGCCUUUGCCUCGUCCGGGGGCUUUGCCCAGCUGCCCGCCAUCCAGCCCCAUCUCGGUGUAUUCAGCCAACCCACUCUGAAUGCCUUUGCAGCGCUGGGUCGCCCCGUUCAUCGUCAGGUCCGCGAAUACAUCCAGUCCGUCCUCCGCGCCGACACACCAUUCCCCCAAAUCCUGAAGGACAACGAGUCCCUGCAGAAGGAAGCCCUCCUGCCACUAUCCGAGGUGACCAACCACCUCCCCAUGCAAAUCGGAGACUACACAGACUUCUACGCCGGGCUCAACCACGCCUACAACCUGGGGGUCCUGCUCCGAGGACCAGACAACGCUCUGCAGCCCAACUACAAGCACCUCCCCGUCGCAUACCACGGCCGCGCCUCAUCCAUCGUGGUGUCCGGCACCCCCAUCCACCGCCCCAACGGCCAAGUCCUGUCCAACCCCACCGCGACGCCCAAGAUCCCCACCUUCUCGCCCUGCAAGAGACUCGACAUCGAGCUCGAACUGGCCGCCUUCGUCAGCACGCCAAACAAAAUGGGCAGCCCCGUGCCCGUCAACCAGGCCGAGGACCACAUUUUCGGCCUGGUGCUCAUGAACGACUGGUCCGCCCGCGACAUCCAGGCCUGGGAAUACGUGCCCCUGGGCCCCUUCAACGCCAAGAAUUUCGCAACCACCAUCACGCCCUGGGUCGUGCUGAUCGACGCCCUCGAGCCUUUCCGCACCGCUAACCUGGAGCCCGCCAACGCGGACAAUCUCCUCCCGUACCUGCGCGAGAAGCGGACGGACAACGUCUUCGACAUCCCGCUCGAGUUCGAGAUCACUAACGCGGGUGGCCCAGCCACCACGGUCUCCAGAAGCAAUGCGAAGAACCUCCUCUUCUCCUUCCCGCAGAUGCUGGCCCACCACACCAUCACGGGUUGUAACCUGAACCCCGGUGAUCUCCUCGGCAGUGGGACUAUCUCCGGCGCGGAAUCCGGAACCCAGGGCAGCAUGUUCGAGCAGACGGCGGGCAAAAACCCCAUUAAGCUGGCGGAUGGCUCGGAACGCAUCUUCCUGGAGGACGGGGACACUGUCGUUCUCCGGGGCAAGGCCGGGACGGAGGGCAACUACGUCGGAUUCGGCGAUUGUAGCGCAUUGAUCCUCCCAGCCGUGAAGCUGGACUUGUAAAGAUGUAUAACGAGAUUGAACAAUAGCACUGAGUAUACCAGCAGUUAUCGUAUAUCAAGUAUAUAGUAUAUCAAGUAUAUCAAGUAUAUCAAGU